AUGAGUAACGAAAGUUUAGAGGUGAAGCAUUUAGAAAUGACACAGAAUUUGGAAAGUUAUAUACGGUUCCUUAAACUGAAUUCGUUCUGGAACGAUGAAUAUCUUGAGGUGAAACAAUCACCAAUUGGUGGUGUAGGUGUCUAUUGGAAAGAUCCCAAAACUCUUGAUGAUUCUUUAAUUGAAACCAUUUUAUUAAGAAUUCCAAAAUCAAACAUCUUGUCCUCAAAGAAUUCUUCCAUAUAUAAUUUAUUGGUUGAUUAUAAUGAAGUUUCUGACAGUGAAAUAGAUUUGACUAGAGGUAUACAUAGUUUGAUCAUCUGUUUUGUUUAUGAAUUGAGUUUUGGUGAUGUAUCACCAUGGAGUGACUAUUUGUUAUCGAUAGAUCCCUUUACCAAUGACAUUGAUACACCUAUGUGUCUUUGGGAUGAGAAUGAACGGAAAUUAUUGAAAAAUACUGAAUGUGGUAACUUGGGAAUGCUUGAAAUUGUGGAAUUGAUCAAUUUCUUUGAAGAAUGUGUUAAUUUUGCAAAUCAGCAAUCACAUUUGAUUGCAAUUCCCCUGGUUUUGAAUAUCAAUUUGCACGAAAAGGAUAAACCGGAUGUUUAUGAAGAAUAUAAGAAGAAACUUAAUUUAUUUGGAAAAUGUAUUCAAGCAGUUGUUUCUAGAGCAUUCCAAAUUGAUGAUUAUCAUGUACCUUCUUUAGUUCCUGGAGCUGAUCUUUUCAACCAUUUAUCUCCAACAAUUGUGAAUGGUAAGAAAGUAAAUAGAGAGAACGUUCAUUUUGUAUGUGACGGAGAUAUAUGUAGUUUAUGUGGAGAAAUCGACUGUGACCAUGAGGAGGAUGAAGAAUCAUUCUUAGAAGAUACCAUGCUCGAAGAUACUCAAGAUUUCGAAGACGAAAUUGAUAUUGACGAAAUCGAAGUUAGUGACGAAGACAUUACAGGAUAUAGUGACGACAAUGAAGAAGACGAAGAAGAAGAAGACGAAGAAGAAGAAGAGGAACAUCCAGAAGAACAAAGUGAAGGCGAAGAAGAUGACGGAAGUAUUUUGACUGAUGUCGGUGAGAUCACAAUGGAACUCAUUCAACAAUUACAACAAGAGGAGGAAGAUGAAAGUGAGGAAGAAGACGAAGAAGGUGGAGAAGAAAGUGACACUGAAGAAAUAGAUGUUGAAGAACUAGUCGGGUUGGAAAAAGAACUUCAAGAUAGUUUUUCAUGUGUCGAUAUAAUAUUAACAUCACUCCCUCAAAAAGAAUAUGAUUAUGAGGUAUUCAAUACCUAUGGAAAUGAGCUUUCCAAUCCUUAUCUAUUACAAAGAUACGGGUUUGUAAGUGAAACCAAUGUAAAUGAUAGUGUUCAAUUAUCAUUACAAUUCAAAUCAUGGUUGAAGAAUCAUAAAGCUAAAUUAACUCCUGGUAAAGUUAAACAAAUCAAUGCCAAAUUGAAUUGGUUAGAUAUGAAUUUUGACUUCAUCUGUGAACUUGUCAAUGAAAUAACUAAACAAGAGUCAGAAGAAGACGAUGAAAAUGAGGAAGGUGAUGAUGAAGACGAAAAUGAAGAGGAUGAACAGGAAGAGGAAGAAUUCCCUGAAAGCUGGAAAGUCUCAUUCAAAGUUCUUUUCGAUGGAAGUAUUUCCUUACAUGGAUACCUUAUAAUGAAAUUGAUAUUCUUACCAUUCAUUAUCUUCAAAACAAAGAUAAUCGAAUGUAAGCCAUCAAAAACACCAGAUAGAAUUAUCAAAUACCUACUUUCAGAAUCCAAGGAUGAUAAAGAAAUUAGACAAAUAAACCAGUCGUUUGUUAGUAAAAGACUUAAAGCUUACCCAAAGUUAUCUCAACCAGCUAGUCAUAGGCAAUCAAUCAUCAAUUCUAUCAUCAAGCAAGAAAUUUCCAUCUUGGAGAAGUUCAGUGCACCCAAGUAA